AUGAAUAGCCCGAUGCAGCAAACAAGACUCGCUUCCCAGCGAUCACUGCUUGAGGAAAAUAUAAUCGCAGCCGAAUCUCUUGCAGCUUCCCUAUUCCUCGACGCAAAGUACGACGAGUCCCUCGAAGCCGCAAUAAGGUCCAUCGAACAUUGCAUGAAAGCGCGCCUACAAGCCCCUGACGUCGACAAGCCGCGGUUAAGCGAAAAGUGUGAGCAGCUCAUCAGGAAGGCCGAGUGGAUCAAAAAACUUCAAAAGAAGGCAUUGGAGAGAGUCCAGGAUGGGGACCAUAAUCCACCAGCACCUCACCCGAGCAGCUCGGGAAUUGCCACUGGCCGAAAAUCGCUAAUCUCUACCAACAAACUUACGGUUAAAGAGCAAACGCUACUAUGGAAGUCGUCUAAGGUGAACGGCCUUUCUUAUCCACCAUGGGAAAGUGAUCCUAAGCCUUCAGAAUUUUUCCCGGAUGGGCUGUUUUCAGACCCCUCUGGAUUUUUACAUCUCUCCGAUUCACAGCGAUCCAUGUUGGCAGCUUGGAGACGGCCGAACGAAAUAUUUGAGAAUGGGGAAGUUUCGUUUCCUGGAGGGGGGCGCACACUUGACCUGACUCAAGAUGUUGUCACCGAUUGCUCAGUCGUGGCUAGUUUAUGUUCAGCUAUAGGAAGAGAGGAACACGGUUUCGGGAAGAUCCUUUCAAAUAUUUUAUACCCACAAAAUAAAUAUGAUUGUCCAAUAACUAGUCCUCUUGGAAAAUAUAUCGUCAAGCUCUACUUUAACGGUUGUUUUCGCAAGGUGAUUGUCGAUGAUUACCUACCUGUUUCAAAUAAUUCCCGGGCAUUACACGUGACUUGCCGUAACGAUCCAAAUGUCUUUUACCCUGCACUCAUCGAGAAGGCUUAUCUAAAGUUGAUGGGCGGAUAUGAUUUCCCUGGCUCGAAUUCUGGGACGGAUUUGCUAGCAUUAACUGGAUGGAUUCCCGAGCAUGUAUUCCUCCAGUCCGAUGAUGUUCUACCAGGAAGCCUGUGGAAAAGGAUGUACAAGGCAUGGAGAUAUGGUGACGUUUUAAUCACAUUAGGGACCGGAGGCAUGACCAGGAGAGAGGAGAUGGAAUUAGGCCUGAUUGGAGAUCACGACUAUGCUGUCUUAGCUCUAAAGGAGGAAAAAGGUCAGGGCAUGCUGUUGGUCAAAAAUCCAUGGUCUGAGGGUACUGUAUGGAAAGGUGCUCCGGUAUUUGACUCGGACGAAGAAGAGGAUUUUGAUGCCGGUUCCGGGGUUUCCCCCUUUGAAACGAACAAGAUCGGAAAUGCACUCCCGGCCGCUUCGGAAGAAGAGACCUCUCCCGGUGUAUUCUGGAUAUCACAAGAUAAUAUUUUUCGCCAUUUUGCGAGCAUAUAUCUCAACUGGAAUCCAAGCCUUUUUGCGCAUAGGAAUGAUACCCACUUCACUUGGGAUCUUUCAGGGAAGAGAUCCGAAGGCUGUAUCGGGGGAAACCCACAAUUCUGUUUGGAGAAUCCAAACCCACGGCCUGCACUCGUAUGGCUGUUGCUAGGGCGUCACAUAGUUUCUACAGGAUCCUACAAAGCUCAAACCGGGAUUGUGACCGAGAAAACAAGCUAUAUAUCAUUGUAUGUAUUCGAAAGCCCAGGAAGGCGAGUCUAUCGAUCAGAGUCGGCCCUUCAUACAGGCCCAUACGUCGAUUCACCCCAGACCCUCCUCCGUAUCGACGCAAUACCGCCCAAAACGAAAUACACCGUGGCAGUUUCCUCCCAAGACCUAUCUAAGACCCAACACACCUUCACGCUCUCCGCAUUCUCCCUAAAUCCAAUCCGCAUAUCCGAAGCAGAAGACCCCUACAGCUUCCACAGCGUCCUGCAAUCACAAUGGCUUCCUGACACCGCUGGCGGCAAUGCUCAAUCUCCGACUUACUCCACAAACCCACAAUUCCGCCUCUCCGUCCCCUCAGCCUGCGAUCUAAUGCUCCUCCUUGAAGCUUGCGAUACCCUUCCCGUCCACGUAAAGCUAGUCUGGGGCAACGGAAAACGCGUAGCAUCGGUGACCACCCGCGACAUAAUCACGGAAAGCGGGGAGUACCGCCGUGGUUGUGCUCAUGCAGAAACUGCCUCAUUGCAAAAGGGCAUAUACACAAUCGUUGCAUCGACCUUUGAACCCGGCCAAAUCGGCGACUUUACUCUAACUGUCGGGUCUACCAUCUCGCGCACUACUGUCACCCAAUUACCCUCAGAAUCCGCAGGCAAGCUACGCAAAGACCUACAGGGCACCUGGGAAGCAGGUGUGACAGCAGUGACCUAUCCACUAGAAGUAGAACGCUUCACUAGGGUCUCUGCUAAUGCUCGUACGUUAUGGACGAACUCGAGGGCGCAACCGAUGCUUAGGAUUUCCAUCGAGAGGAAGAUUGGCAGUCGGAGGAGGAAGACGGAGGCUAGUUCCGGGGGCGAGGGGGAGUUCUCGGACGUGCCGCAGGGGGUUAGGACAGGGGAUGUGGACUUGGAGGGGGGAUGGGAUUACUUGGUUGUUCUUGAGAGGAUGGGGAGCGAAGGGGGGAGUAGAUAUGGAGUUGAAGUGCUUAGCGAUGGGGUGGUGCACUUGGGGGAGAGUGAUGGGUAG